CUGAAGGGCUGGAGCCGCAACCACUGGAACUGGAAGAGGGGAAAGGUAUGGCACGCGCCAUUCAGCGCACCGCAUUCAAACACGUCAUGACACAAGUCCUGCUACGUCUAGAAGAAGUUACCCCAACACCCACCUCAAUGGUUGUUUCCGGCGGUGUGGCUUCCAAUAUGUUUCUUCGUACCUACCUUCGACAAUCCCUUGAUGCUGCUGGAUUCAAGGAGGUCCAGUUGGUCUUCCCACCAGUAAACCUGUGCACGGAUAAUGCUCCGAUGAUUGGAUGGGCGGGGAUGGAGAUGUGGAGAGAUGGGUGGCGAAUGGAGGAGGCUGCGUUACAGAAGCCGAAGUGGAGCUUGGAGCGGCUUUUGGAAGAGGACAUAGAUGCAGGUGGAUAUACGAGGGUUGAGCCCAGUGCCGGUGAGCCAGCUGCUGCCGGUUGGAUACACAAGUAACGUUGAGCGUGCAAUGAUAUCGACGGUGCAAUUAAUGAAUUAAUGCUGAGCGUGGGAAUAGCAUGGCCCCAAUACUACCAACCUUGCUUGAA